UAUCAUAAAUUUUCCAUAAAAAGAAUUAUUAUUAUUAAAAGAAAAUACAUUGAUUGCAUUUCCACGAAUCACUCAUUCCAAUAGAAAUUGUAUGCAUUUAUUAAUAUUGAUAGAAGAUUUCGUAGGGUUUAAGUUUUGUAUUUAGUAUAAUAGUAUUUAUGAAACCCUAACAUAACUCCGUUUUAAUUCUUGAUAUGCAAGAAAUGAGUAGAGCAGCAGAGCAAGACUGGACCUCACUUCAUGAAGAUCUCAUAAUUUCCAUAGCUAAUCGCUUACCUCUCGAAAACUACGUCGUUUUCGCCUCUGCUUGUCGUCCUUUCAGAGCUGUCCUCACCAACCUCAAUUUCAACAAUUCGAACCACCACCGUCUUCCAUGGCUGAUGCUGCUCCGACGAACAAUCCAUUCCGAUUCCAACUCACAAAUCGCCCCAAUCAUCUGCAGCCUCUCAAACAACAAGCUCUACAACCUUCUUCCACCAUCUCACACUUAUCGAAUCAAUCCGAUUUUCUCUUCUCUGGGAUGGAUAAUGACGCCGGCGGCCUCAACCACCAACGACCUAACUCUGUUCCAUCCUCUAUCGCCAGAUCGAUCAAAAGUUCAACUCCCAAAUCGGAAUAUCUUUACCAUCCAGAAGCUCUUGUUGUCGUCGAGACCGACUCUCGCGUCGUCGGAGGACUUACUGGUCGUGAUAAUUGAUUCUCACGAAAGAUCGACUCAUAAUCGAUUGUCCUUGUGGAGAUCAGGAAACUCGUCGUGGAAGAAGAUCAGAACCCUACCGGAUCACACUUUCUUUCACGAUGUUGCUCUUUUCGAGGGCCGAUUCUACGCCGUCGAUCGCAACCGCAGAGUUUUUGCCCUAACUCUCGAUCAUCCCGAUCCAGUGGCUUCCUUGAUUUUGCAUCUGAACCUUCCGAAAUGGGAAGCGCCGUUCGUGAACCCGUACGACAUCGAAAUGUUGUUCUUGGUGGAAUCGGAAGGGUCACUUCUCGUCGUUCAAGGGAAUCGGCAAUGGUGGGGUGAAGGUCGGCACGAAACGACAGAGUUUCGGGUGUUCGAGGUGGACGUAAACGACGGUGCGUUUCGUAAGGUUUUGGACUUGGGAGAUAGGGCUCUGUUCGUUGCAGAUAAUUCGUCGUCGUUUUCGAUCAAGGCUUCAGAGUUUGAGGGGUGUAAGUGUAAUUGUGUAUAUUUUGCUGACGAUUUUGGUAAAUUGGAUAAAUGUGGGGUUAGAAAUAAAGAUAUUGGAAUAUUCCAUUUGGAAAGUGGGGAAAUUGAGCAUUUAUUUCGACUUGAGAAUACAAAGUCCAAUUAUUUAGCUCCACUGUGGGUUCAGCAGCCAAGCUUUUUCAUGUGAAUAUUUUUACUUAUUAUUUCAAUUAUUAUUAUGUAAAAGAAGUUAUGAUGAGAAUAAUAGUUGUCAAAGUUUUAUUUUCUCUUA